AUGAUCUUAUUAUCAAUAUAUGAAUCACCAAUAAUAAUAGCUCCAUCCACAUUUCAUUGUCUUGCUCAUAUUGAUGGUGAAGUUGCAACAGCUCGUGGUGCAACUGAAGCUGAAUGUAUUUAUACUUAUAAUUGGAUGUAUUCAACAAUGCCAGAAGAGAAAGUUUUACAAACAACAGGUCCAAAAUUUUUACAUGUUUAUUUGACAACACCAAUUGAAAUUUUAGAAAAAAUCGUUUCACAAGCUGAGAAUAAUGGAUAUCGAUCAAUUGUUAUUACAUGUGAUCAUCCAACAGAUCGUGUUCGAGAUAAUGUUUUACCAUUAUUUGAAGAAGCAUCAAAAACUAUUGAUCUAGAAUUAACAAAAUGUAUGCCUAUGCCAAAUAUGAAU